AUGUCAUAUAAAUCUGACACUACAUACAAGCAGCAGACGCUCUGGGGCGCCCCUCCUCCCCGAGACGCUACUUCAAACAAGCGCCAUGCUCCUUCGGCCGAUCCGAAGCCACCCACCGCUCUGGCAGAUGCUGAGUACGAGUCGGUGAAGAAGACGUUUGACGCGCACACCGCGUAUGGGGCGAAGGGUGAGGGUGCGCGGGAUCUCCAGAUUGGCAGCAUCCGCACUCACUCCGCGACCCGUGCACACAAGAACGCGGUGGAGAAUCAGGAGAAGGCGGAGGCAGAGAAGGCGAAUCAGGCCACACUCACUCGGUGGCAGGCCACGGACGCUUCCACCCAUCACAUCAUUCGGCUCCUCCACAUCGCGCUCUUCGUCUGCAAGGCGGACGCACCCAUAGCGAUGUUCGUCCCACUGUGCUGGUUUCUGGCGAAGGAGGGGUUACCAGACCUUCCUCCCCGUGGCGGCUACGGCGCGUACUACACAGAGUAA